UUACGGAGCCGAAAUGGAUGGCCAUUCUGCAGACCAUAGUCCAUCAGGAAGUCUCCUUCCGGGUGAAUCUUGGCUACAAUGCUGGGAAAACGAGAUUAAUUCUAUCUCUGGUUUAAAUCUUCAAGGCAGUAGCACCGAGCUUGGAGAACUAAACAGUCUGGUCGAGGACAAAGAGAUAGCAGCCAAGGCAGUGGCUUUUGUUGUCAACAGUACACGUAAAGGGAUAGUGCCUCUGUGUGCUGAUGUUGCUAACCUACUGCGAACCAAGAGGAGUUUGGAGAAAAAAGUGUUUAAAUUGAAGAAAGAAAAUGAUGUGUUGAGAUCAGCUGCAUCAUUGAGUGUCAGAACAAGCCAUUCCACGAGCCCAACCCCUGCCUCCCUUAGCUCAGAAAAAGGGAGCUUUACAGAGCACAGCUUUCAACUUCAGGAGCGAUGCCGACCUUGUUCCCGGUGCAGUCAGAGCUCCAGUACUAUAAGUAACUCGCCACAGUUUCAUGAAAAAAACAACCGACAAAGACUUACCAGUCUGCAAAGUUCUCCAGCCAGUCUCCAGGAUACCCUAGACUCCAAGGCUCGGCGACACAGCUCACCAAAGUUCAGAAGGUCAAGGUCAUGUAACCGAACACAAGAGGGGAUAACUACAAAGGCUCUGGUGCAUCAUCCCAACAAAAUGGUCCCCUCACCAAAGUUGACUGACUGUCUUGACAGUAAAUCUUCAGUGAAGAAGGCAAGAAAGAACUCCCUGCCUGAGAUAGUAUCAGAACCAAGUGGCGAUGUCAAGAGAGUGAGUCCUGCUGUCUGUAACACUGAUCCCUGUGAGGACAUUUGCACCAAAACCUCAUUAGCCAAGGUUACCCUCGACCCACAGAUGACCACAGACACUCCGAAGAACUCUGAUCCAGUGAUGUCUCCAGACUCUGUGGAGGCCAUUGACUCUACAGUGACUACGAACUUAGUGUCAUGCCAGGAAACUCCAGAAUUAAAAGGUCUCUCAAAGAAUACAUUGGACCAUGAUGAUCUAGAGGACCAGUUUAUGGAAACUGUCCGGAUCAAUUCGAAGCUUGCAGAUGACCUUGGUGCUGCUCACAAGGAGAUUGCAGAUUUAAAAUGCCGACUGCAGGAAUUAGAGAAGAAACAUUUAUCAUCUGAUUGUGCUGGAGAGUUUUAUAUUGAAAAUGAAUGUGAUAGCUCUGGUCUGCGUUACCUUGAGGAUCGUAUGUCUUGGGUAAACAACAACAACAGCCACAACAGUAAAAAAUCUAAACACUACAGUUUACCAAAGUUUGGAGUGAAGAAAGUCCAGCCCAUUUCUCCAUUGUUCUGCGAGCCUCUCCAUGGUUGUAAAUGUGCUGCCUGCAGUGAAGCAUUUGGCAGUGAUGAUGAAUUCACACAAAAUCCAGCUGAAGGAUUUCCAGAAAACCACAGAAAGUUCUCUGUCAGUCACAGAUUACAAGUCCAGAUGAAUGACCAUGUGAUUGCUAAGGGGGAUCGCACAGGAUUUAUACGAUACCUUGGUCACUUGGACGGAAUUGGACACCCUAACAUGUUGUUUGUUGGACUAGAACUGGACUCGCCAGGCGGUCAACAUGAUGGCUACAUCAGUGGAAAGCGAUACUUCUACUGUAAGAAAAACCAUGGAGUAUUUGUCCCUCUUCAAGAGAUUCUUUGUAAAGUAAAUAAGAAGAUUUCAAGGAAGGUAUCCUUAUAUGAUGGUUCAGACACAAAUAGUAAAAGAAACAAAAGCAAUCCGGAAUUUCCCAAAUAUGAUGAUACAGACAGAGAUAAUGUGUUUUCCUGAUGAAGGUUAUGGCUGCCCCGGUGCCUGAUGUGAGUGUAUUGCUGAUGAAGGUUAUGGUAGCCCCGGUGACUGAUAUGAACGACUGAGAUCUUGUCUCAUGCGAAUAUAUUAACAGUUUCAAAUAAUCAUUUAUUGAGUGCAAGAGAAACAAUGCAAUUUCUAAAAACUGGACUCCUCUGCUAAUUUCUUUCAGGUCUGAUAACUGCUUUGUGUAUUUGAUUAUGGUAGUGAUGUUAUGCCCGUUUUCUUUUUCAAGAACAGUAGUUUAUAGGAGAAAAAACUGUAAAUAAAAAAAAAAACCACAAGAAAUGAAAACAAUAUCUUGUCGCAAACCCAAAGUCAAUGUCACAAGGGAAAAUACAUCAACAAAAUAAGGGUUUGUAAUGAAAAUCCUGAAAAAGUAUUAGGAGAACUAGACCAGUUGUUCACUUCACCGCAAAAACUAAAUGCUUAUGGUAUAAAGUGCUUAACCAGUGAUACUAUUUAUAUACUUUUCAAAUCAGUAAUACUUGCUCGGAUUUUUGUGAUAAUAGAAACCAGAUCAGCUUUGGAAGGAAAUAACAUAGGGGUCCAGAAUUUUUCCUGAAAGGAUGAAAGAUAAUUAAAAACUUUAUAGGUUUUUGUCAUUGCAGUAAUCGUUGACUACUCGGCUUAGUGUUUAAUCAAGUGGUUACAAAGGUAGUAUGAUAUAAACAAUUGCCUGCUCCAACAGUCACUAUUUUUCUUAGUUUUAGUCUGUUGGAAGCAUGUUCCUGUAUUAUCAAUUUCAAAUUAGAAACAUUAUUUCUCAUGUUCAAAGAGAUCAUUUCUUAUGCUUCAAGACGUGAGUGGAUAAUUAGGAGCAUUGUUAGACUGCGAUAAAGGGUUAUUUUGUAGGUCAUUUUCAAUCUGAUAACAUUUCAAUGAUAUUACUUCAUAUUGAAAUGUAGAGAAAACUUUUAGUAACUACAUCAAAUGACAAAUUGUUUUAGAAUUUGAGCACUUAAGUGAUAUUGAACUAGCAUAUUAUGAGGAUAAUCAGUUUGAUUUCCAGAUUGGAUAUGUCACAGUAUAUUGGGUCACCUGCCCUGCUACAGUGUACCUGUUUUAUCUGGUUUACUUCCAUGCAUGCAGACCUGUAAUAUAAUCAGUUGAUCCUUUUUUCCAAACAAACAUAAAUUUGCUCUAUCUUACAUAUAAUUGAAAUUGAAAUCUUAUUGUUAAAACAAAACACUUCAACUUCAAAAAUGAAAUUGCAAUGACAAAAUCCUGUAUGUUACAACUAUAUUAGUAGAAUUUCAUCUUUACCACAGCUCAUUCCAUCCAUAUAUAUGACAUAAAGCUACAUGUAUAUAUACAUUGUAAUAAAUUAAUGCACAUGCAUUUCAUGUCACCAUCCUAUCAUUAGAAUUUUCAUAUUUUACAUUCGCGAAAUUUUUUCUUUUGAUAAAUGGACGAUUUUUAAAAUAUCAUGAUUUCAAAUUUAAGAAGUAAAUGCUUGACUUGUAGUGUUAUAUGUUCACACAUUCCUGGAAACAUCAUUUUGUUGUUCACAAACUUUUCAACCAAAUGAUUUUUGAUUCUUUGGAACAAUUGAUUCCUUUUUAUGCAAAAUUUAAAUUUAACGCACUCAUAUAUUAUUUUGACUUGUCAAGAAGUAACAAGGUCACAUUGAAGCACCAUGCAGUGAUGUCGAUUUCCGUAUUGAGCCAUCAUGAAGUGAUGUCAAUUACGGAUUGAAACAUCAUGAAAUCAUGUCAAUUUCUGUAUUGAGCCAUUAAGAAGUGAUGUCAGUUUCUGGACUGAGUUAUCAUGUAGUGAUGUCAAUUUCCGGAUUGAGCAAUCAUGAAGUGAUGUCAAUUACGGAUUGAAACAUCAUGAAAUCAUGUCAAUUUCUGUAUUGAGCCAUUAAGAAGUGAUGUCAGUUUCUGGACUGAGUUAUCAUGUAGUGAUGUCAGUUUCCGGAUAAUGAUUUUUUAUAAAUCGUCCAUUCAAAAAUUGUAUCGUUAGGUAUUGCGCAUAUAAUUAUAUAUUGUGAUAUUUUGAAAUAUCACAACUAAUUGAAAGUAGCAUAGUGGAAGAUCUAAUGGUAGGUUUUGUUUUGUUUUUUUGUAAUUGUUUAUAUAAGUUCUAAUUUGACAUAUGACUUGGUAUCAUAGUCAAUGUGAUCCAUUUCUACAUCAAUGUUUUGUAAAUGACUUUUAAACAGUAUAAAGAUUACUUAAAAAAUGGAAACAGAGUCAUUUAAAUAUGUCAGCCGUAAGGAGAACACUUUAGACUGGUCCAGAAUGAAUCCAAUAUAUAUUUGAAUUGUUACUCGUAAUGAAGCAUAUAUUUAUCAUAUAUAUGUUCUAUAUGCACAAUUCAGAAGUCAGGAGGUAGCCGUAUAUCACACUUUAAGAUGAAUUCUUUUGAUUUUUUUUUAUGAGUGGAAAUUAACACUUUAAAACUUUUUUUCAAAUGCUUUAUCUAUUGGCAACAGCGCUUUUCCAGUUUCUCUUAACGGGUAAAAAGAAUAAUAGAAAACUUAAUAAUUAAACGGAGAUUGGUGAUCAACUAAUGGCAGUGAUUUAGUUUGUCAACAAUGAAAAUAUGAAAGUAAUAAUUGUGUUAAAAGUAUGCUUUAGUAAGAAAAAAAGUUUUUGAGUUUGAAAACAAAGUUUAGUCUUAACUUUGUUCUCUUACAUACGAAAAAAACAUUAUAUCGGCGAAAGGAGUUUUUGCUCGCAAGUGAAAAUUUUAAUCUUUUGAAAUGGAAUUGUACCGACUAGUCUAUAUUUGCCCAAUAGUAGUUGUGCUUUGCUAUUCCAUUUGACCAUGUAGCUCAUUAUGUUUUUCUUUAUUGUUUUUCCUAUGUAAUGUACGGUAAUAAUGUGUUUUAUGUGUUUUCACCUGUUUGUUUUAAUAGGCUAUAUGCAAUACAAAAGACGACCUUCUAUAUUACGAGCCAGACUCUGCUUAGACACUCGUUAACAAGAUCAACGCUAUGACAUAUAUCAUUUAGACAAUAAUGAACCUGACUAGUGAUACAUAAAAAAAUUAGGUUGCACUGAAAUCAUUAAGGAACAGAAAAAAUGUUACAUUAAAAUCACAAGUUGAUCUACAUCUUUAGUGACGACGUCCUCAUUACGUGACGUCAGAAUCGUUUAGUGAUUGUACAUCUUUAUCUACAUACCUUGGUAAAGACCUUUUCAGUACGUGACAUUAGAAUCACUUGAUUAACAUGCAUAUCCUACAUACCUUGGUAACGACCUUCUAAGCUCAUGACAUCUGCAUACCUUGGUAAAGACCUUUUCAGUACGUGAUAUCUGCAUACCUUGGUAAAGACCUUUUCUGUACGUGAUAUCUGCAUACCUUGGUAAAGACCUUUUCUGUACGUGACAUCUGCAUACCUUGGUAAAGACCUUUUCUGUACGUGACAUCUGCAUACCUUGGUAAAGACCUUUUCAGUACGUGACAUUCGAAUCACUUGACUAUCAUGCAUAUUCUACAUACCUUGUUAACGACCGUCUAAGUAUUGUUUGGCAACGUUUACUGGAGGGAGAAUAACACUAUAUGUAGGUACACAAGAAGAUGGUGAUGUAUUAUAUAUUGCACAUCUGACUCUUCUCAACGUUACAAGUUUUAAGUACUAUUAGCAACUCUGAUGUUGCUGGUGGCCGGCAGGUUAUUUUUCUUACCAACUAAAAGAGAAUUUGCAAUAUCCAGAUUGCAUGAAGUCUUGUUCAAGUAUUACCUUUAAUGAUGGUGGUUUUAAGUUACCGUUAUCUUUAUUCGUUUAUGUAGCAUACUGGUGUCAGGUGCUUGAUUUAAUAGGCCGUAUGACUAUUGUAAAUCGUGAUGUUUCCGGAAAUGUACACUUCCUGUUUCGGAAAUCAAUCCUGUUGGCCUAUUGUAUCAUGGUAUUAUUGUACAAUGUGAUGAUACUAGUACAUCUAUAAAUGUUUGUUAACUUUCCUUGUCCAUUGUGUCCCUAUGUCUUUGCCCUCAGGGAACAUCAUACAGAUCGGAGGGGAAAAUAUCGUUGUGUCAAAAAGUACGGUAUGUUAAAAAGUUGAACAUAUGGUAACAGUGAUUACUUGGUGCUGUGAAUGAUUUGAAGCAUCUAUGACAAACCAUUGAUGUGUACGUAGGGACUAGUCAGAUGUACAACAUACAAACGAAGACCAUGUUGGUCUGAAUCAAACCAUGUCACCACAUAAGAAUUAUGUAAAUAUACAUACAUAAACCAAAACACAAACAGAAAACUUUUUAACCCAUUUAUAUUUCGCGAAUUUAUAUUUUCUUGUAUUUUUCUUGUAUUCGUAUUUGUUUUGUAUCGAUUAAAGUACAAACUUAAGUUCGGAAACGUCAUGGGGAUUCUUGCGGAUUUCAUUUACGACAUAUUAUCCACGCAUUUGCGUUGAGAAAAUGUACCUCGCGAAAUAUAUUUGAUUUACAGUAUAUAAGGUCGAAAGCCUAGGCUUGCUGUAAUUUAAGUUGUAUCAUUAAAAACAUUACACCAG